AUGCUUAGAGUCGAUCAAACAGGGACAAUAUUAAUAAAAAAUGGUACUGUUGUGAACGACGAUAGAUACUUUAAAUCUGAUGUUUUAGUUGAAAAUGGAAUUAUUAAAGAAAUUUCUAAAAAUAUUGAACCAAAAGAAGGUAUUAAAGUUGUCGAUGCAACUGAUAAAUUAUUAUUACCAGGUGGUAUUGAUACUCAUACACAUUUCCAAUUACCAUUUAUGGGUACAGUUUCAGUUGAUGAUUUUGAUAUUGGUACACAAGCAGCAGUAGCAGGUGGUACAACAUUUAUUAUUGAUUUUGUAAUUCCAACUAGAGGACAAUCAUUAUUGGAAGCUUAUGACCAAUGGAAGAAAUGGGCAGAUGAAAAGGUUAAUUGUGAUUAUUCAUUACAUGUUGCAAUUACAUGGUGGAGUGAACAAGUUUCAAGGGAGAUGGAAAUAUUGGUUAAAGAGAGAGGUGUAAAUAGUUUCAAAUGUUUUAUGGCCUACAAGAAUAGUUUUAUGGUUACAGAUCAAGAGAUGUAUCAUAUUUUCAAGAGAUGUAAAGAGUUGGGUGCCAUCGCACAAGUACAUGCCGAAAAUGGUGAUAUGGUAUUCGAAGGACAAAAGAAAAUGUUAGAAAUGGGUAUUACAGGACCAGAAGGUCACGAAUUAUCAAGACCAGAGGCAUUGGAAGCCGAAGCGACCAAUAGAGCCAUCGUCAUUGCCGAUAGUGUUUGCACACCAGUUUAUAUUGUUCACGUUCAAUCUAUUGGUGCAGCCGAUGUAAUUUGUAAACAUAGAAAAGAGGGUGUUAGAGUAUACGGUGAACCAAUUGCAGCAGGUUUAGGUGUUGACGGAUCCCAUAUGUGGAAUCAUGAUUGGAGACAUGCUGCAGCAUUUGUAAUGGGACCACCAAUUCGUCCAGAUCCAAGAACUAAAGGUGUAUUAAUGGAUUAUUUAGCAAGAGGUGACCUCGAUUGUGUUGGUACUGAUAAUUGUACAUUCUGUGCUGACCAAAAAGCAAUGGGUAAAGAUGAUUUCACCAAAAUUCCAAAUGGUGUAAAUGGUGUUGAAGAUAGAAUGUCAAUCGUUUGGGAGAAUGGUGUCAAUACUGGUAAAUUAACAUGGUGUCAAUUCGUUAGAGCAACCUCUUCAGAAGCUGCUCGUAUUUUCAAUAUUUAUCCAAGAAAAGGUCGUAUCGAUGUUGGUUGUGAUGGUGAUAUCGUCAUUUGGGAUCCAAAUCAAUCAAAAACCAUCUCAAAGGAUACUCAUCAUCAUGCAGUUGAUUUUAACAUUUUCGAAGGUAUCAAAGUAACUGGUAUAGCAGUUACCACAAUCGUAGCUGGUAAUAUCGUUUGGUCUGAUAAUAAAUUAUCAUGUGUCAAAGGUAGUGGUAGAUUUGUACCAAGACCACCAUUUGGUCCAGUAUUUGAUGGUAUUGAACAAAGAGAUAAGGUUAGAAAUGAAUUAUUAAGAAAAGUUGAUAGAAAACCAUACGAAGAUGAUAAUACAAAAAAUUCAUCAAAAUAA